UGGUCAGCUACAGAACCUCCCUCUUUUCACGUGAAGUGAUCCAACACUGUUGCAGAAAAACCAGUGUUUCAUGAAAACAAAAUUCAGGUUGACAAAUACAGGAGGUGAUAAAAAAUGUAAACUUUUCUCUCUUGACUCAAGAUUGUAGCUGAUCCUAAGGGAAGCUUGGAUAUUUUUCCUUGCAUGUUUAUCUUUCAGGAUAUUAGGCAUCUCCUUGAUCUCAGGAAGAAGGCAUGCAUUAUCUUUUCUUUCUAGGACUCAUGAUACCAUUUAGUUUACAAAUUGUGGCUAUCUCAAACCACUGCGAUGAAGCACGCACUACACAGCCAAUCACUGUUUGUACGUCUUGUGCUGCGGCACCUGCUGUGGUGUGCCCGCCAGGUUUCAGGAAGACCACAGUGAGCACUAAAUGCCAUUACUCAAUAUUAAUUGGGGAACAUCUGCAGAUCCAGGCUGGAUGCGCUCACUCUUGUGAGAAGGUCAUCACAAUCAAGAAAUGUUGUUCUAACUUCUGGGGCUCUCUGUGCUUGCCCUGCCCCAGUUGGCAAGGGAGGCCAUGUAAUUGGCACGGUACCUGUGUGGAUGGAGAUUUGGGGAAUGGCACCUGUGUUUGUGAGGAGGGUUACACUGGUUUUGCCUGCCAGAAGUGCUUGAAUGUGAAAGCCUAUGGGGAACACUGCAGCUCAGUAUGUAGUUGUGUGCACGGAGAGUGUAAUUCAGGCCCAGAUGGAGACGGACAAUGUUACUGUCAGCCACCAUACUCAGGACCAAAGUGUGACAAAGUUACUGCCUCCUGUUCAAACUGCACUGCCUACUCCUACUGUAAGGGAGAGGGGCAGAAUGCUAUGUGUGAAUGCCUACCUGGUUUUAAGAAGGUUGGACAUAUUUGUACAGGCAUCUGCUUGCCGAAUGUAUGUGAUGUGAAUGCAGAGUGCUCUUACAAGGAAAGAGGGCAGUUUCAGUGCAAAUGCAAAGAAGGCUAUGAGGGAGAUGGUGAACUCUGCACCCCAAUCAACCCCUGCUCACAGAAUAAUGGAGGAUGUCCAUCUAAUUCCACCACCUGUGAAUACACAGGUCCAGGGAAGGCUAGAUGUGUGUGCAUGAGUGGAAUGGAGGGCUCAAACCCUGCUGCUGGCUGCAGGCUAAGGUCCACCUGCACCACAAGCACAUGUCAUAGGAGUGCGCGAUGUGAAACCAGCCAAGACGGAAUAGCUAGGUGCCUUUGCGACCUUCAUCAGAUAAUGGAUGGGAAACGUUGCUAUGGUAACAUCAUGGAGCGAGUUUUGGAGCUGGACAGAGAGGGCAGCCAGUCAGGAAAACUCACUGGAAGCAUUGCACUGUUCGAGAAAAAUUGUGAGUUAAUUUUAAGCAAGCAUGGACCAUUUACUGCUUUCAUCCCAGUGAAUACAUCACAAGCCAGAAGAGGAGAAGCCAUAUGUAAGAAUCACCUCAUCCUCGGGCAGCUACUUUACAAAGAUUUGGAAGGCAAGGACUUAUGGACAUAUGCAGGAGAAAUGAUCAGAUUUAAAACAAACAAGCAAUUCAUUGCAAAAAAGGAUCCAGAUUCAUUGUUUACGAUCAUUGAGAGUGAUAUUCCAGCAUCCAAUGGAAUUAUUCAUAUAGUUGACAAGGCAUUCACAUUUGCUAGUAUGGACACUUCAAACAAUGCUGAGUUUUCUUCAAAGACCAUUGGGGAGAUUCUCACAAAAGAUGACAGAUUCAGUCGAUUACUUUCACUGGUAGAUAACUGUGGAGCUCCAAUGCCACUCAGUGGUCCUGGACCACUGACAGUGUUUGCCCCAAGCAAUAAAGCAGUGGACAGGUCCAGGGAUGGCAGUCUUAUAUAUAUGUUAACUGAUGCCAAGCACAAACUUCAGGAGCUUCUGAAACAUCAUAUGUACUCCAAGGCAGCAGUUACUGUGGAUCAGCUGGUUCUUAUGACUGAGAUUCAAACCCUGGCCCAUCAGGUUUUGAAAAUCACUGUUCCCGGUGAUGGAAGAGUGUUACUUGGUGAAAAAGGGAUACCUUUUGAGUCAAAAGACAUAGUGGCAUCCAAUGGGAUCAUUCACAUAAUAGAUGGAAUUCUUGUGCCACCUUCCAUCAUUCCGAUUAUGCCGCAUCGUUGUGAUGUGAAUGAGACUGUGAUUGUUACGAGUCCCUGUGUAAAAUGCAGCUCUAUUUCAGAGUCACAGUGCCCACCUGGAAGCAUUGAAAUGCCUCGUCUUAAAGACUGUGAACCCCCUCCUGAUAUGCACUCGAGAGGUUUCCUCACCAUCCCAGGGUGUGCAAAAUACUGCAACAGAACACAAAUGAGGGCAGAAUGCUGCAGAGGAUUCUAUGGGCCAGACUGUAAACCUUGCAUUGGAGGAUUUCAGCACCCAUGUUACGACAAUGGCACUUGUUCCGAUGGCAUUCAUGGAGACGGCACCUGCAGGUGUAAUCCUGGAUUCAAGGGAAUUGGUUGCCAUAUCUGCUCAGACCCUAACAAACAUGGAAAGAACUGUGACCAAGAUUGCCAUUGUGUUCACGGGGUGUGUGACAACAGGCCCAACAGCCUGGGGGUGUGCCGGAGGGGUUCCUGUCACCCGGGAUACUCUGGGGAGCUGUGUGACCAGGCGGCCGCGCUAUGUAGUUCGGAUGGCGCUUACACACACUGCCACAUCCACGGUUACUGCAAAUAUUCUGGCGACCAAAUGACGUGUGUCUGUGGGCCAGGAUAUGAGGGGGAUGGUUAUUCAUGCACUGAAGUGAACCUCUGCCUGAAACCUGAACGGGGGGGAUGCCAUAUAAAUGCUCAGUGUGUGUAUGCGGGUUCUGGAAACUUGUCCUGCGUGUGCAAUGAGGGGUGGACAGGUGAUGGCAUCUUGUGUGUGGAGGUCAACAACUGCUUGAUGGAGGAUCGUGGUGGCUGCCAUGUACAUGCUGAGUGCACACCCACUGGGCCAAGCCAGAAUAAUUGUGAAUGCAAAAAAGGUUACAUGGGAGAUGGUCUUAUAUGUCAGAUUGUUAACCCCUGCUUGGAAGCAAAUGGAGGCUGCCAUUCACUGGCAGCAUGUGAAUUUAAAGCUAAUGGAACACACACAUGCACGUGCCCUGCAGAUUAUGAAGGAGAUGGUAUCUCAUGCUAUGGCAAUAUACUUGUGGAGCUAGAUGGAAACUCAGAUUUCUACCAUUUUAACCACUUCGUACAAAGGUACCAAGUGAUUACUGCAGACAGCAAAGUGACUGCUUUGGUUCCUUCUGCGGAAGCUUUCAAAAACCUGAGUAACUCAGAGGAAACUUUUUUGUUCGACUUUUACCGAAUGCCUCAUUUUCUCAAAGCUCACUUUUUGGACGGUAUAUAUUCUUAUGAUGAUUUGAAGAAGCAGGUCAACAAAAUGGUCCCAACCAAAAUCAGGACAAAAUGGUUGAUCACGAACAAAAAUGGGGAGCUCAUGAUCGGUGAUGCUGCCAUUCUUGUCCAAGAUAUCAAGGCAACUAAUGGGUACAUUCACAUCAUCAACACGGUUCUGAAACCCCCAGUUUCUGACUUCCCACCACCACCCCCUGAUCUGAUGGAGGUCCUGAAUAAAACUCCCUCAUUCAGCCUGUUCAGACAAGCAGCACUGCUGUACAACUUUCCAGAAAGCAUCCCCUCAAAGGAUUACACCAUGUUUGUUCCAUAUGACAGUGCAGUUGAGAAGUACCUGGAGAAAUCAAAUUCUACACACCUGGAUGAAAAUAUCGUGAAAUAUCAUAUAAUUCCAAAAGAGCAACUUUUUCCUCAACACUUGACUGAUGGAACCUUGAAAAGUACACUUCUUGGGAGUGGCUAUCAAAUCAUGAUUCAUGUAAAUAGUAACAAUGAGACACUGGCUAAUGAUGUACCCAUGGAUGGAAACUUCACAGAAACCAAGCAUGGUGUUGUCAUCGGUAUUCCCCGUGUUUUGGAGAUUCAUAAAAACCACUGCAGCAAAGAUGUGUUUCUGAAAGUCUUGGGAAGGUGUGUUCCAUGCAAUUCUCCUCCUAAAUGCACCUUCAGUGCCAAGCCUAUGAAGGAUAAAUUCCCUGAAAAUAUGAAAUCCAACUGUAGAUAUAGGAAAAAAGUGGGAAAAAAGAGAAUAUUAGUGGAUGGUUGCAUGAUUGAUUGCAUAAAAAGUUCACAGGACCACUCCUGUUGUCCAGGUUACUUUGGGAAUGAUUGCUUUAAAUGUCCUGGGACAGUGGACAACUGGUGUUCUAACAAUGGCAAAUGCCAGGAUGGCCUUUUUGGCAAUGGCACAUGUCUGUGUAAUGAAGGUUUUCAUGGCACUGCGUGUGAGAUGUGUGAGGCUGGAAGAUAUGGUAAAGACUGCAAAUCAGAAUGUCAUUGUGAACAUGGAAAAUGUUUGGAUGGCAUGGAUGGUAAUGGCCAGUGCAUCUGCGACAAGGGCUGGAAAGGAGUGGGCUGUUCUGUAGAAAUUGUUAAUGAUGAAUGUGGAGGCAUUUGUGAUGAAAAUGCAAACUGUAUUACAGGGGAGUUAGGAAUAAAACCAGCAUGUGUCUGCGUAGCAGGUUACCAGGGAAACGGAACCUUCUGCAAAGAAAUUGACUUGUGUGUGACUAAUAACGGAGGUUGCUCUGAGCGUGCAACUUGCAUGAAAACCUCACCAGGGGAGAGGAGCUGCACCUGUCAGGAUGACUAUAAAGGAGAUGGCAUUGUGUGUUUAGAGCAAGACCCAUGCCUAGUUAAUAAUGGAGGAUGUUCUGAAAAUGCAGAAUGCAUAAAAACUGGACCAAACACAGCUGCUUGUGUUUGUAAAUCUGGCUACAUUACUCGGGGACAUAUAUGUUCUGCAAUAAACCUAUGCUUACAGAACAAUGGAGGAUGCAGCCUCAAUGCUGUGUGUCGAUACACGGGGCCAGGGGAGAGGAACUGCACAUGUCACAUAGGCUACAAAGGAGAUGGCAUUGAAUGUGCUGGGACUGUCAGUAGAGAGCUCCUACACAAAACAGGUGGAGCCUGGCUCCGCAUGAAUCUUGGACGGGCAAGGGUGAGAGAUUUGUUUGGUAGAGGGGCCGUUCACAUAUUUGUCCCUCCACCAGACUACAUUGCAAACUUCUCGACAUUGCUGUGGCUGGAUAAAAACCGUGCCCCAGACCUGCUGAGGUACCACAUUGUAGGUUGCCAAGAACUGUAUGAAUCAGAUUUGAAGACUGUCACUCAUGUGGUUGCUGCCUGGCAUGUACUGAAUUUCAGUGUACGAGAGGGUAUUGUAUACAUCAACAACAACACAAAAAUCAUCACUAGUGAUUUUGAGUGUUCUAAUGGGGUUAUGCAUUUCAUCGACAAAGUCCUUCUGCCAUAUGAAAUGACAAACCAGACUGCAGAGAUUAAAAUAAAUGAGAAUCUUACGGUAACUGCAGAAUCAUAUGGAUAUUCUAUGUUCAGCAAGUUGCUCCAGAAAACGAAUUUGAUGGACAUGGUCCAUCAUACACCAUUCCAUCCGUUCACUAUGUUCUGGCCCACUGAUGAUGCAUUCAACAGUCUCCCAGAUGAGCAAAAGAACUGGCUGUACAGUGAGGACCAUCGUGACAAACUUGCAGCCUUCAUGAAAGUUCACAUAGUUCGUGACCAGCGAACGGUUGCUUGUGCCCUGCCAAGUGAGCGAUAUGUCCGAUCGAUGUAUGGAUCCCAGCUGACAUUCAACUGUAACAAAAAUUUGAUUGGUGAGAUUUUAAUUAAUGGGAAUGAUGCAAAAAUCAUAGAACGCCACCUGGUCUUCAGUUCGGGGAUUGCUUAUGGGAUCGACAAGGUGCUUGAACCACCUAACAUAGGGGCACACUGUGAUGAUUUUGCAACUACAGAGAUUACAGGUCGCUGUGGAACAUGCAUUAAUACGCCCAGAUGUCCCUUCGGAACGGAGAAAACAAACCAAACCCAUUUGUGCAGAAUGCGCUGGGACUAUGGCUAUAGGCGGCAUAUUGGAUUUAAUAUCCACCAAAGAUCCUUUUUUGAGGACCCUUACACCUCUCAUUUGGCCAGAAUUGGCUGUAGCCAAGUGUGCAAGAAAAAGACGUGGAUUUCAAAAUGCUGUAAAAACCACUAUGGAAGAGACUGUCAAGUGUGUCCUGGUGGCUUGGAGGCUCCUUGCGGAGGACAUGGUGAUUGUGAUGAUGGGCAGUAUAGUAGUGGGACUUGUAAAUGUUACCCUGGCUUUACAGGCACAGCAUGUGAGCUGUGUGAGGCCAACCACUAUGGUUCUAACUGCACAGCUUGUAACUGUACCAUUAAUGGCAAGUGUGAUGAUGGCCAAGAUGGUGGUGGCAGCUGUUUCUGCAAAGAGGGCUGGACAGGAUUAUCAUGCGAGUCCAAAAUUGAAAUCAAGCCUGUUUGCUCCCCUGAGUGCCAUUCUAAUGCAGUGUGCCGCUCUGACAACCAGUGUGAAUGUGAACCUCUGUAUGAAGGAGAUGGCCUCAGCUGUACAGCUUCUGCUCUCUGCAGUGAAUAUAAUGGGGGCUGUCAUGAACAGGCCAUUUGCACACAGACUGGUAUCAAUGUCACUUGUACAUGCAACGCUGGCUACUCUGGAGAUGGCUUUGUCUGUUCUUCUAUCAACCGCUGCGUAGAGGAAGAUAAUGGUGGUUGUAGUGAUUUUGCCAACUGCAUUGUCACUGGACCUAAUGAGAGGAGGUGUGAAUGUCUCCCGGGCUAUGUGGGAAAUGGAGUCCAGUGUCUCGAAAAGGUGGUACCACCAGUUGACCGCUGCCUAGAAGAGAAUGGAGGCUGUGAUGCCAACGCAGUAUGCAGAGAUUUGCAUUCCACAGUAAGACUUUCAGGUGUUUUCCAUUUGAGAUCACCAGCGGGGAAGUACAAGAUGAACUACACGGAUGCGGAGGUAGCCUGCAGUGCUGAAGGGGCUACCCUUGCUACUCUGUCCCAGCUCUCUGAUGCUCAGCAGCUGGGUAUGCACUUGUGUGUUGCUGGAUGGAUGGAUGGGAAAAGAGUGGGUUACCCAAUUCGGUUUCCCUCUGUGAAAUGUGGUGACAACCACGUUGGCAUAGUAUUGUACAAAGAUCCUGUUGACGUAAGCUCUCCUUAUGAUGCUUACUGCUUCAGUAUGAAAGAGGUGACAUGUGAAUGUGGACCUGGAUACAUUGGCAGUGGAGAAUUCUGUAAUGGCGACCUUGUAUCUGUUGUUGCUACCAAUUCAAAUUUCUCUGUCUUUUACUCUACUUUGCUGAAUUAUGCUGAGGCUGCCCUUGAAGGAAAAACUCUCCUGAACCUCCUAUCAACGAGUUCAUCAAACAUUACAGUAUUUGUACCACAUGAUGCAGGAUUUUCUGCAAAUGAGACUAUAUCAUGGCGGGACAUGGAAUACCACAUAUCUGCUAACAACAGCCUUCACUUUUAUGAGGAUCUGAAGCAUAAUACAACAAUCCCAUCUCGACUGGGUUAUAACCUUGUAGUAGCAUUAGCCUCGGACAAUACACAGGCUGAUGACUCCCCACCAGUGAAAUUGGUGAAUAAACAGAUAAUAAUAGACUGGAAUGUUCCAGCAACAAAUGGGUUGAUCCAUGUCAUCGAGGGACCUCUAAAAGCUCCACCUAUCAUUGUGAUGCCUUCAACUGCACCACAUGUCCACCUACAGACUAGUGCACCUGCUGUUAUCAUUGUCUUGAUCAUCAUUUUGAUUGUCAGUGUUCUUGCUGGUGUAGUGCAUUAUUUCCUGAAGCAUAAGAAUGAUGCCUUUCGUUUCCAGUACUUUAAAAAUGAAGAUGAAGAUGGCGCAUCCACAAAGGAAAGUGGGAGUGCAGCCAUCGUAUCCAUACCUAACCCUUUAUACAGUGGCUAUAGAGCGUUUGCAGAGCCAUUUGGGGAAGCAGAUCAGACUGAAUCAGCGCAAUCUGAACCACCUGCUGUGGAGGCGACACACACCCCAGACCUCUUAAACUAGGACCCAAGUGUGUGUUACCCAAGUUACUAAUAACACAGGCACACACAAAGCUAUUGUUAUUAAUAGUUUAAUGUUAUUAAUAGUUUAACCAUUUUCUGCAUAUAAACCUGUUCACUUUCAGCUUUGUUUAUUAAUCAAUCAAAGACCCAGUCUGGAAAUACUACUUGCAGUUUUGUUACAUGAAUAUCAUUUUUUUCCCUCUAAUGUGUAUGUUUACCAUGCUCAGAGGUCAACUCUGAUCUGAUGAUUGGGUGACUGUAGUGCUGUUUACUGUUACUUCUACUCCUGACUGGGGGCUUAAAUUCACUAUAUGUAUGACAGAUAUGUGAAAAACUAGCAGAUUGUCUUUCCCAUUCAACCUCAAGUUGUAAUUUGAGUGAGUAAACCUACUGGUCUACCUGAAUACAAGCUUGUAAGAAUGGAUCGUUGAUAGCCAUAAGACACUCAUAAGGUAAAAAAUCCAUUUAAUUUGAAAUUAAAGGGUCUUUGGAAUCAAGAUGAAAUGACUCAUGAGAAAGCAGCAUAUAUCCCAACUGCAUAUUACUAAUGACAGUGGUAUGAGAUUUUUUUUUAACUACUGAUAUGACUUACUCUGGUGCUUUCUUAUGAAUUUUUAUGGCAUACUGUAAUAAAACAAAUUACAACACAGGCUCAAUAUAUCUAUUGGGCAACCAAAGAGGAGUCCAGUAAUAUUCACUUGAUACAUUAUCAGUAUGCAUUUUAUUACUCCACAGUACAUUGUUAAAGUUCAUUAGAAGGGGUACCUCCAAGUUUUUACAUAAUGGUGAAAAAUAACCCUAGAUUAGGUCUUCAUGUUGCUUAACUGUUCCCUUUUUUCAGCAGGGGAGCAUCUUAAAAGAACAUCCUUGACUGCUAAGGUUUGAUGAUGACUAAUGAGUAUACUAAUGAAUAUUGAUCACCAGUGAAAUUGAUAACUAUAUAACUUACGUAAUGUUGAAAGUAUAUUAGUGUUCAUUUCUUGUUAACAUGCUAAUGUCCAUUUACUUGUGAGCUGCUGUUAAUCAAAAUACUGAUUAAAUGCAACAAACAAAAGGCAUAUUCUGAAACAAUUGCUUGGAAAUGUGCUUGCUUGGAAAUGAGCUCUAGCUGCACAACUCUGAUAAUGAAGCAGUUUGCAUGCAGCUGGUUAAAGGGAUGAUGAUUAAAAGCAGUAAUGCACUCAUUUUCUCACUUAA